GGUGGGUAUCAUUCACCAUCAGCAACACAGGAUUCGCAGAGGAGGGAGGAGAACAAGAAAAUGGCGCUGACCAGUUUCUUACCAGCACCAACCCAGUUGUCUCAGGACCAACUGGAAUUAGAAGAGAGAGCAAGAUCUCAGAGAGUGAGACAGACUGCAUUGGUGUCAUCACGAAGGGAGCCGCCUCCUUACGGUUAUCGGAAAGGAUGGAUACCACGAAUGUUGGAGGAUUUUGGAGAUGGAGGUGCUUUCCCAGAAAUCCAUGUUGCCCAAUAUCCUCUGGAUAUGGGCCGAAAAAAGAAAAUGUCCAAUGCGUUAGCUGUUCAGGUGGAUGCCGAAGGAAAAAUAAAAUACGAUGCUAUAGCUCGGCAAGGACAAUCAAAAGACAAGGUCAUUUACAGCAAAUACACAGACCUCAUUCCCAAAGAAAUUAUGAAUGUGGAUGACCCUGAGCUUCAAAGACCAGAUGAGGAUGCUGUCAAAGAGCUUACAGAAAAGACACGAGUUGCACUGGAAAAGUCUGUCUCUCAAAAAAUUGCAGCAGCAAUGCCAGUCCGAGCAGCUGAUAAACUAGGUCCAGCUCAAUAUAUUCGAUACACACCAUCACAGCAGGGAGUGGCAUUUAAUUCUGGUGCAAAGCAGAGAGUUAUUAGAAUGGUGGAGAUGCAAAAGGAUCCCAUGGAGCCUCCAAGAUUCAAGAUUAAUAAGAAAAUUCCUCGUGGGCCGCCAUCUCCUCCUGCUCCAGUAAUGCAUUCUCCCAGUAGAAAGAUGACUGUAAAGGAGCAGCAAGAAUGGAAAAUUCCACCUUGUAUUUCAAACUGGAAAAAUGCAAAGGGUUACACCAUCCCAUUAGACAAACGCCUGGCUGCAGAUGGUAGAGGAUUGCAGACUGUACACAUUAAUGAAAACUUUGCUAAAUUGGCAGAAGCUCUUUACAUUGCUGAUAGAAAGGCUCGUGAGGCUGUAGAAAUGCGAGCCCAGGUAGAACGCAAGAUGGCUCAGAAGGAAAAAGAGAAACAUGAGGAGAAACUUCGGGAAAUGGCCCAGAAGGCCAGGGAACGAAGAGCUGGAAUCAAAACUCACAUGGAGAAAGAGGAUGGAGAAGUUAGGGAACGUGAUGAAAUCAGGCAUGACAGGCGAAAAGAAAGGCAGCAUGACCGGAAUCUUUCCAGAGCAGCCCCCGACAAAAGAUCAAAACUACAGAGGAAUGAGAACAGAGAUAUUAGUGAAGUCAUCGCAUUGGGCGUUCCUAAUCCUCGGACAUCCAGUGAAAUUCAGUAUGAUCAGAGGCUGUUCAACCAAACUAAGGGCAUGGACAGUGGCUUUGCAGGAGGAGAAGAUGAAAUUUAUAAUGUCUACGAUCAGCCCUGGAGAAGUGGUAAAGACAUGGCUCAAAAUAUAUACAGACCAAGUAAAAAUGUGGAUAAGGACGUGUAUGGUGAUGAUUUGGAAUCAAGAAUAAAAACUACUAACAGGUUUGUUCCUGAUAAGGAAUUUUCUGGCUCAGAUCGUAGACAAAGAGGAAGAGAAGGACCAGUUCAAUUUGAGGAAGAUCCUUUUGGUCUAGACAAAUUUCUGGAGGAGGCAAAACAGCACGGGGGCUCUAAAAGACCUUCUGAUAGCAACCGUCCUAAAGAACACGAUCAUGAAGGCAAAAAGAGAAGGAAAGAGUAAAAAACUGAUUUUCUCUCUGGCCAGAGACUGAAUUCAGAGCUUUAACUAGCUCUGUGCUGAAAAUAAUGUACCAAGAGUGUUCAAAGGCAACAUUUCCCUAUGGAAUAGAGAAAAGAAAAAGCAGACUGCUGAAUAACAUAGGUUCUGUAUCUUGGUUUCUAAGUAUGUUCAUCCUUUGUUUUAACGCAGGAGUGAUUUAUUCUUUACUUUAAAAUGUUAUUCCAGAUAAAUUCUCUUGUAUAUAAUUGUGUCUGUUUCUGCUAUGUAUUGUACUUGAAAAAAGGGAAGAGUACUAAUUGAUUUGCUCUGAUGUAACUAUCCAGUUCCAUUUAACCUUAAAGGAGCAGCUGCACUCAAUUAACUAAGAUGAAUAUAUACAUACCAAAGUUUAUUUUAAUUUCUUUACACAGCAAUUAAAUAAAGGCUCCUUCCUUUUAAUUUGUAUUAGCAAGUAUUUCAUCUGACUGUUUUGUCUUCUUGACGUUUAACUUCAAGCUGAAAGAUAAUACAAAAAAAUAACUCAAUACACAUUUUCAAUUUUUGUAACCAAAAUAAAUAUCUGGACUAUAUUAAUAUUUCCACUGUUAAAGAAUAUAGUCUGCAUUAUGUAUGCAGAUUACUACUGUAUACCUUUCAGAUGUGGAUACACAUUGAACAAGCUAUCCCUUUAGCAGUGUACCUUUAAUUAGAGAUGUGCAUGAUAUGGAACGUUUAUCUUGUCCCAUGCGCAGAAAAAACACCAUUAUAAGACCUAUUCUGGGUAGAUUAUCCCAACAUUUGGAGUUGCUUUGUUGUAGGUUUUAGCCAAAACAAAUUAUGGAUUGUCUUGCAGGACAAGUAGAGGCAGGCCGCUACAUUCUGUUCCUCUUUUCCUUUUAUCACACCUACAUGUUCCUUCCUCUUAUCAUUGAAGCCCCAGCCUCUUCUUCUCCUUUGGUUGUUGCAACAACCUUACAUGAAUUCAAGCAUAACAAUGUCUAUGCUCCAGCCAGCAUGCCAGUUCUUUCUACCAAUUGUCCCAAUGUCUUCCUUCCCUUUGCUGUUGCCUUUUAUCAUUGUUGGCUUUCUCUUUUCCUUGCUGUCUGCCAUCUCAGAAUGUACAUUUUGAUUCUACCAUGGACAGUCCACACCCAAAAUGCUUUGUAUAUCCUGCAUUUAACUGUUACUUCUUAACUGUAGAAACUGGGUUUUCUUAAAUGUGUAUAAAUAACAGACUAAUGAAGCUUUCUUUGAAAUAAAGAGAGGUACCUGAUAUAUC